GCGUGGGGAAAGGAGUUCCCAAUUUGGAUCCUUGAGGCCCUUGGGGCUCCGGCGCGGGGGCCCGGGCGCUCGAGCCGCCAUGCGGGACCGGACCCACGAGCUGAGGCAGGGAGAUGACAGCUCGGACGUGGAGGACGAACAGGUCGCGCUGGUGGUGCACCCGGGCACGGCCCGGCUGGGGAACCCGGACGAUGAGUUCUUUCAGAAGGUCAGGACAAUUCGGCAGAUUAUUGUCAAACUGGACACUAAAGUCCGAGAGUUGGAGAAGCAGCAGGUCACCAUCCUGGCCACGCCCCUCCCAGAAGAGAGCAUGAAGCAGGACUUGCAGAACCUGCGCGAGGAGAUCAAACAGCUGGGCAGGGAAAUCCGCACACAGCUGAAGGCCAUCGAGCCCCAGAAGGAGGAAGCAGAUGAGAAUUAUAACUCGGUCAACACGAGGAUGAGGAAAACCCAGCACGGGGUCCUGUCCCAGCAAUUCGUGGAGCUCAUCAACAAGUGUAACUCCAUGCAGUCUGAGUACCGGGAGAAGAACGUGGAGCGGAUUCAGAGGCAGCUGAAGAUCACCAACGCUGGGAUGGUGUCCGAUGAGGAGCUGGAGCAAAUGCUGGACAGCGGGCAGAGCGAGGUGUUUGUGUCCAAUAUCCUAAAGGACACGAAGGUGACCCGGCAGGCCCUCAAUGAGAUCUCGGCCCGGCACAGCGAGAUCCAGCAGCUGGAGCGCAGUAUCCGGGAGCUUCACGAGAUCUUCACUUUCCUGUCCACCGAGGUGGAGAUGCAGGGGGAGAUGAUCAACCGGGUGGAGAAGAAUAUCCUAAGCUCCGUGGACUAUGUGGAGCGUGGGCAUAAGCAUGUCAACAUUGCCUUGGAGAACCAGAAGAAGGCACGGAAGAAGAAGAUCCUGAUCGCCAUCUGCGUGUCCAUCACCGUCCUCAUCCUUGCUGUCAUCAUUGGCGUCACCAUCGCGACUGGAUAGCAUCUUGCAGUUGGCCCUGGGAGCAGCAGGAGCCUAAGUCCCGCCUUCACCACCCAGCAGCUGAAGGGCAGGGCAGAGCCUCCUGCUGGAUGCCCUUCCCCGCACUGGCCUCUGAGCACUGGGACGAGCAGAUGGCCCUUCUGCACUUGGCAGCUGCCCGUUUCAUGGGGGCCAACCCCCACCCUCAGGCCAGUAGGCCUGGGGAGAUUCUGAAGGUCCUGUCUUUGGCUUUGAUACGCGGUUUUGUAAGAAAUUAAAAACCAGACAAAAGCA